UGUGGCUAAAAUCCGUGAAGUUUUUGAACCAAUCAGAUGAGACCAUGGGGCGGGAUUUCCGCUGUUUUCUUCCGUGUCGCUGCUGUCACUGAAAUAAAUGGCUUCUCUGGACAGAAUAAAAGUGCUAGUUUUAGGAGAUUCCGGGGUGGGCAAAUCUUCCUUGGUCCAUCUUCUUUGCCAGAAUCAGGUGUUGGGAAAUCCAUCAUGGACUGUUGGUUGCUCUGUGGAUGUACGGGUGCACGACUAUAAAGAGGGAACUCCGGAGGAGAAAACCUUCUAUAUUGAACUGUGGGAUGUCGGAGGAUCUAUUGGCAGUGCCAGUAGUGUCAUAAGCACCAGAGCAGUCUUCUAUAAUUCAGUUAAUGGAAUUAUAUUGGUACAUGAUUUGACAAAUAAGAAAUCCUCUCAGAAUCUUUACCGCUGGUCACUAGAAGCUUUGAACAAGGAUUCCUCUCCAACAGGAGUCAUUGUCUCAAAUGGUGACUAUGAUAGAGAACAGUUUGCUGAAAAUCCCGUGCCUUUGUUGCUGAUUGGCACCAAGUUUGACCAGAUACCAGACAACAAGCGUAAUGAUGUUCUCACGCGAACAGCCUUCCUCUCCGAAGACUUCAAUGCAGAGGAGAUCAAUCUUGACUGCACGAACCCGAGAUACCUGGCAGCAGGCACAUCAAAUGCAGUGAAGCUAAGCAGGUUCUUUGAUAAGGUUAUAGAAAAGAGAUAUUUCACAAGGGAUCCAAGUCAGAUGACAGGUUUCACUGACAGAAAACGGUUCAACUUCAAGAGUGUGCACUAUGACUGAUGAUGCAUGAAUGCUACAGCGAUGGUUUGGGGUUUAUCAUAAAGUGUUUAGGCUCUUUUUUUUUUCUUUUUACCACAACCACCACACUCACUGAAAUACUUUCUAUAUCUGUUCUGCCUCUACCCACAAUUGGUACACUGUCAUUUCUCCUUAAUCCAUUCAGUCUAAACACAUUUACAGUUUGCAUUAAAGAAGGACUUUAAGAGGAAAAUGUU